GCUCACGGCUCGCGGGCCGAGGAAUCUGCGGCUCCUGCGGGCGGGGGCUGCGCCCCAGCAACAGCCGGUUAUUGGCCCCGCGCUUGCCUGGCGGGCGGGGCAGGCGCACGUGGCGGCGUGGGGGGGCUGUGACAGCGGAGGGGCGUCUGGGACCGCCGUGGGAGCGCGCGUGUGCGGGGUUGUGGAUCUGCAGGUGUCUCGCCUGGGCCCCAGGGAGCGCCAUGGCCCGUGCACGCCAGGAGGGCAGCUCUCCGGAGCCCGUAGAGGGCCUGGCCCGCGACGGCCCUCGCCCCUUCCCCCUCGGCCGCCUGGUGCCCUCAGCUGUGUCCUGCGGUCUCUGCGAACCCGGCCUUCCUGCUGCCCCCACCACCACCCCUGCCCUGCUGCCCGCGGCCUACCUCUGCGCCCCCACCGCACCACCCGCCCUUACAGCCGCACUGGGGGGCCCCCGCUGGCCUGGGGGCCCCCGCAGCCGGCCCCGAGGCCCGCGCCCUGAUGGUCCUCAGCCACCCCUCUCGGCGGCCGAGCAGCACCUAGAGUCGCCCGUGCCCAGCGCCCCGGAGGCCCUGGCGGGCGGUCCCACCCAGGCGGCCCCCGGGGUCCGGGGGGAGGAGGAGCAGUGGGCCCGGGAGAUCGGGGCGCAGCUGCGGCGGAUGGCGGACGACCUCAACGCGCAGUACGAGCGGAGGAGACAAGAGGAGCAGCAGCGACACCGCCCGUCACCCUGGAGGGUCCUGUACAAUCUCAUCAUGGGACUCCUGCCCUUACCCAGGGGCCACGGAGCCCCCGAGAUGGAGCCCAAUUAGGUGCCUGCAUCCGCCCGGUCGGAUGUUGGGGACCUGGGGGGCAGGACCCUCCCGCCUCCUGACGCCUUGGCCAGCGCGGGGGACUCUUCUCUGCACCAUGUAGCGUACUGGACUACCAGCCCUGCCUGGCCCAGGGCGGCCCAGGGCAGCCGCUCCAGCCUGGCCCCGCGUGGGUGCCCCAAUGGACAUGUGGACUCCCGGGGCCCCGGCGUGAAGCCGGGGAAGGAGGGCUGAGGACUCAGCAUCCGAAGGCGGUGACGAGGGGGUGGGGACUGAGCCGCCCGCCUCGGCGCCCACCACCAUCUCAGGAAAGGCUGCUGGUGCUGGCUGCCCGUUCCAGCUGCAGGGGGGGCGCUGGGGGUGUGUGCCCAGUGCUCCUUCACUUUGGGCCUGACCUCGGGCCCCUGGUGCUUCCCCCCCUCCUCCUGGGGAGGGGGCCCGUGAAGAGCAAAUGAGCCAAACGUGACCACUGGCCUCCUGGAGCCAGAGAGGGGGCGCUGACGGCCCCCCACGCCGGUGCCCAGCCUUGCCCGAGCCGGCCGGCGGGUGGUGGGCGCGCCUGCCUCACCUUCAUCUGGGGGUGGCCAGGAGGGGCCCAGACUGUGAACCCUGUGCUCUGCCUGUGACCACGCCCCGACCCCAUCGUCUCAUCGCAUAGGUUUAGAGAGAGCACGUGUGACCACUGGCAUUCAUUUGGGGGGUGGGAGAUUUGGCAGAAGCUGCCCCAGCCUUAGUCCCCAGGGCGAAGCGCUGGGGGGAAGACGGGGUGUCAGGGAGGGGGGGAUCUCAGCGGAGGGAGGAGUCUGGGAGCGGGGAGGGGUGGCCCAGCCUGUAAAAUACUGUACAUGCGCUGCUGUAGAUACCGGAAUGAAUUUUCUGUACAUGUUUGGUUAAUUUUUUUUGUACAUGAUUUUUGUAUGUUUCCUUUUCAAUAAAAUCAGAUUGGAACAGUGGA